AUGAAGUUUAAGGCCAAGAUCACCAGCAAGCGCUCGCUAGAGCUCUUCAUCCAGGUCAGCGCCACGGUGGCGAAGCUGGCAAAGGUCUGUGUGCUCCGCGUGUGCCAAGACAAGCUGUGCUUCAGCCUCGCGGGCCCCGGGGCUGUCCAUGAGGCCAGGCUGUGGUGCGAGGUGAGGCGAGGAGCCAUCUUCCACCAAUUUCGCAUGGAAGGCGUCUCAGAGGAACUCAAUGAAAUCCAUUUAGAGCUGACGGCCGAGCAUUUGUUCAGAGCCAUGAGAAGUGCAGGGAAGGCUUCCUCCCUGAAGCUCCAGCUGACCAACAAGCGUCGCCCCUGCCUCACGGUGGCCGUGGAGCUGGCGUCGCAGACUGGCCACCCACGCGUGAUGGUCCACGACCUGCCUGUGAGGGUGCGCCCCAGAAGAUGGUGGAAAGAGUGCCCAGAGCCCAGUGUUGAAGCUGCAGAUGCCAGCGUGCACCUGCCGCCUGUGAGGACCCUGAAGAGCAUUGUGGAGAGGAUGGCAAACAUGGGUGACCACAUGCUGGUGGAAGCUAGUCCAAAUGGCAGAAUGAACUUGAGUAUUGAAACGGAUGUAGUGUCUAUUAAAAGUUAUUUUAAAAAUCUUGGAAAUCCUCCAAAGUCUGCUGUUGGUACACCUCAAGACAGAGACCCAGAGAGCAUGGUCCAAGUGCAGGUAGAUAACAGGAAGCUUCUGCAGUUUUUGGAGGGACAGCACAUAAACCCCACAACAGCCUUAUGCAAUAUUUUGAGCAAUACUCUUCUUCAUCUUGUUUUGGUUCAUGAAGAUGUUUCUCUUCAGUACUUUAUUCCUGCCUCAUAA